ACUCCACUUCCUCAAACUUCACUCUCUGUCCAGCUGCACAACAACUACACCCCCUCCACACUACACUACACCCUCCACAGAGCAGGAAACGAAACUCCAGUCCUCCACCAGAGAGUGUGUUAGUGGUGCAGCUGUGGGCCUAAUGGCAGCUUCGAGGAGCAGAUCUGGACCCCCCAGAACCAGGCAGAGACUCCUCACGCUGCUGCUGCUGCUGCUGCUCACCUGCUGCGUCAGGUGUGCUGCUGCUGCUGCAGGUAACAAACCGAGCAACAUCAUCCUCAUCCUCACCGACGACCAGGAUGUUCAUCUGGGGGGCAUGACCCCCAUGAAGAAAGCUAAAGCCUUAAUAGGAGACGCAGGAGCAACAUUUGUGAAUGCUUUUACAGUCUCGCCGCUGUGCUGCCCCAGCCGGAGCAGCAUAUUGACGGGUCAGUACCCCCACAACCACAUGGUGAGGAACAACUCGCUGACUGGGAACUGCUCCAGCACGCUGUGGCAGAAAGGACCCGAGACCUCGGCCUUCCCAAUCUACCUCAGCAAGCAGAAGUACCAGACCUUCUUCGCUGGCAAAUAUCUCAACCAGUAUGGAAAGAAAGACGAAGGAGACGUCGGCCAUGUUCCACCUGGCUGGGACCAGUGGCAUGCACUGGUGGGGAACUCGCAGUACUACAACUACACGCUUUCUGUCAACGGCAAAGAAGAAAAGCACACAGACAGUUAUGAGAAGGACUACCUCACUGACCUCAUAACGAACCGGUCCCUCCACUUCCUGGAUGACAGGAGUCCCCAGCAUCCCUUCUUCCUGAUGCUGUCUCCUCCAGCGCCUCACUCGCCCUGGACGGCGGCGCCGCAGUACCAGAAGGAGUUCAACGACGUUAAAGCCCCUCGAGACGGCAGCUUUGACAAACCGGGGAAGGACAAACACUGGCUGCUGCGUCAGCCGGUCAACCCGAUGCCAGAAACCACCCUCACCUACCUGGACAGCGCCUACAGGCAAAGGUGGCAGACGCUGUUAUCUGUGGACGACAUGGUGGAGCUGCUGGUCAAAAAGCUGGACAGCAUCAAGGAGCUGGACAACACCUACAUCUUCUACACCUCUGACAACGGCUACCACACAGGUCAGUUCUCUCUUCCCAUUGAUAAGAGGCAGCUGUAUGAGUUUGACAUCAGGGUCCCGCUCAUGGUCCGCGGUCCUGGCAUCAAACCCAAGCAGACGCUGCAGGCUCCGGUGUUGAACAUCGACCUGGCUCCCACCAUACUGGACAUAUCUGGUGUCAACCUGUCCACCGUGAACGUGGACGGACAGUCGUUCCUCUCUCAGAUGGCCCCGUCGCUGCGUAACGGCACCGCUCGUCCCUUCUUCCUCGUCGAAUACAACGGAGAGGGACAUCCGACUACAGAUCCUGCUUGUCCCAAACUGGGCCCCGGACUGUCCCAAUGUUUCCCGGACUGCGUGUGCGAAGACGCCUACAACAACACCUACGCCUGCGUCAGGACCCUCGACGGCAAAGACAACCUGCAAUACUGCGAGUUUGCAGACAGUGAGUCGUUUGUGGAAGUGUACAACCUGACGUCAGACCCCCACCAGCUGGAGAACAUCGUGAAGAAGGUGGAUCCGGCCGUCCUGCAGGCGAUGAACCAGCGGCUCAUAAAGCUCCAGUCCUGUCAGGGCGACAGCUGCCGCGACACCAAGUAACCACGAGGCAACGCACGCCAGGAAGCUGCCAUUUCUACGAGAUGGGGUUGGUUUAUCCGACUUGUUUGGUCAACUUUUACCACAAGCGUGACGGUUGGAUCGACCUUUUUUUAUAACCCUGUUUCCCGUUUUGACUCGUCUCAACAGGAAAAGUUAAAUGAUGGCUGGAUUCUAUUCAGCUGCUUCAGUUUCAGGGUCCUGGUAUUGUGCAUGCUGGCUCACUGUCACUCUGUCAUGGUUUACUGGGACACUUGAAUAGAACGGAGCCGUCGUUAAAGGACACGUUUGACGUUUUGGGAAAUACGCUAGUUUGUCACGGUCCCUCUGCUUCACUCCUCGCCGCCAGGAGACUUCUUCACCGGUAAAUAUAUCUAUAGACGCCGGUUGAGUUCACCGAUUGAAGCAAAUAAGAGCCGGGCUAUUAAUUGAAGUUUUGAGAUAUACACGUUUUCGUACGGACCCUCCACCAGAAUCUCCCAAACUGUCAAACUUCUCCUUUAAUGUUUACUGUAGUUUUCUUAUGACGACGAGUCAAAAUAUCUGCUGUGAAAAUGUUCUUAGGGUUUUUUUAAUUCUUUUAUAUUUGAGAUAAACUCCUCACACAGUCCAUAUUGUGCAGAUCUCUGCAUAUAAACUGCACUAUAAACUUCUGUUCUUUACUGACUGUUCGGGGUUCAAAAUGUCAUCUAAACUUUCUUGUUCUUAAACGAUACACAACCAAAGGUUUACUAGCUGUUGUUAAUCCAAUCAUCUCUAAAGGAAGAGUUCGACAUUUUGGGAAAAUACACUUAUUUGCUUUCUUGCAGAGAGUUAGCUGAGAAGAUUGAUAUCACUCAAGCUUAGCUUAGCUUAGCAUAAAGACUGGAAACGGGGAAACAGCUGGCCACUUCUGCGCUUUACUGGAGGGGUUUUGUGCCAAACAAUUUCUUGGUUGGGAAAUAAGAAAUAGUCCUUGUAGUUAUAUAAAUAUUACUUGUAUUUUUACACGUUUUUGUACGGACCCGCCAUCAGAAAGUCACGUCUGUCCGUUCAGUAUAAAGCUUAGCACAGAAAAUAGUGUGAAAACAGCUGUUUAAAGAUAUCAAAAUCCACCUAUCUGCAUCUCUAAAGCUCACUAAUCACCUCGUUAUGUCUCGUUUGUUUAAUUCAAAACAAAAACUGAAGUGUAAAAAUGAUAAUUUGCAAUUUAACGGAGGUUAACGGUAUGUUUGGAACGGUUUCUUGGCAAGAAUAGUUUGACAUAGACAACCAUAAAACUACAAUUUGAUGUUUUGACAUGUCAGUUUUUGUGUGAAUUAAACAAACAUGAUAUAAAGUGUUUAUCAGUGAGCUUUAGAGGUUCUGCAAAGUGGAUUUUAUAACAUUUAGACAGAACCAGGCGAGCUGUUUCCAGUCUUUAUGUUAAGCGUUUAACCAGCUGCAGCUUCAUAUUUCCCAAAAUGUCAAACUGUCUCUUUAAGCUGAACUUAUUUAGAGUUCAGCUCUUAAAUAUUGUUGAACUUUUAUCUCUGCAGAACUUCUAAUGAAAGAAGUUGAAGUCUUUUGUGCCUCACACACAACUUUGUUUUAAUUUUUAAUCCUGCUGUUUGAUAUUUUACACGGAGUAUUAAUGAUGACAUUUAUAUUAUUGAGCCUUUUAAUUAAAAAGGAAGAUGGAAUAAAAAGGGCUGUGAUAUUUUUCGAUGCGUGUUUUGUAAUUGUGAGCUGGAAGUUUCACCAGGUAACAUGAUGAAACGAAACGCUCUGAUCCCGUGUGCCUUGUGUUUGCACUGACGAGGCUCACGUGCCUUAAAUGUGAAUGUAUUUGCACUGUGAUGAAAUUAACAAUAAAUCAAAAGAAGCAUUUAAAUGAA